AUGCUUCGUUCAUUAGUGACGAGUAUUUCAAACGGGUCUGCACCAGAAUGGGCGUGUAGAGUUUUGGUGACUUCUAGUAGUCAGAUGCAACAGUCAAGAGGUAGGCGGCGAACAUUGACGCCUGCUCCAUGGCUUCCACCUGUCCAUGAGCCGUCGCAUAGCAAAACGCCACUAAGCCCCGAUACAAAGCAACUUCUAGAGAAAGUACUGGAAACUGAAAACCAGAUAUUGGAGAAAACAGCAAAUGAUUCGUUAUUAGAAACGGCAGCAGUUAUCGCUGAGAUUCCUGAAAAUACUAGAAGAACAGGAUUAGUUGUUAGAAAAAUUGGAAUGCUGCCACAAUGGACUGCGAAAGGUGACAGAAUCCUUUGCACACUUUUAGAAGUUUUUGAGAAUAAUGUAGUUAGUGUAACCUCUCCUCAAGAAUGGUACAAGAAAAGUGUUGUUGGAAAAAGGAAAGCCUUUAAUAGAUGUGGGCCGUUAUGGAAGGUCACUGUUGGGGCAGGAAAUGCAAAUCCGACCCAAUAUUCGGUUGGAUACCGAAGGCAAUUUUUACGAGCUGGCAUUCCGGUGAAGGAAAAACUUGGUUGCUUUAUUGUAACAGAAGAUGCUCUUCCGGCUGUUGGACAACCUCUAGAUGCUCGCCAUUUUACCGUUGGACAAUAUGUUACUGCUACAGGAAAAACAAUUGAUUGGGGAUUUCAAGGAGGAAUGCAUCGUUGGGGAAUGAGAGGACAACCGUCUCGAAGAACAACGAAAUCCCAUCGCCGUAUUGGAUCAGUUGGUUCUGUGGGAGAUGCCAGAAUUUGGCCAGGAAAGCGUAUGCCAGGCCAUAUGGGUUACGAAUGGAGGACUGUUAGUGGUCUCGAGGUUGUUCGCAUGAAUAUCGAUAAACAAGUGAUUUAUGUGAAAGGAUCGGUCCCUGGGGAUAUUGGAGAGACUUUAUUGCUUAAAGAUUGUGUGCAAGAAGAGAAGAAAUUAAAGAAAGGGCCUAUGCCAACCUGGACGCCAAGCUUAGAAACAAUUGAAGAAGAACCGGAAGAAGUUCCAGAAGGAGCAAUUCCAAAGGAACUUCUCUACAAUGAAAUUAUCUCUCCAAAGUUGUUCAGGUUCACCUCGCCAUCGAUUACCUUCACUGAUUCGGAUGCCAAGAAGACUGCCGGAAGAGAUAAGACAAAAGCGAAAAUUGCGAAAGUCAAAAAAUGA